AUGGCAGAUGGUACCUACAGGUUCCAGCAGCCUGGGGCCGGGCAGUUCUACUUCCAAACACAACCACAGCAACCUUCACACCAACGACACACCGUUCAAAACGGGACCAAUUCUCCGGGUCGACUGAAAUUCAACCACGACACCCCCUCCCCUUCUCGUUCGCCCCCCGCAAACCAAUCAGCCUCCCUCAAUCCGUUCACCAUGUAUGGCCAGGGCCAUCAGGGACAACAUGUCAUGAUGAAUGGCGGUCAGGCCCAUCAGCGGUUUGGCAUGCAGAUCCCCAAAUUCCAAUCGGCUGCGCAAAACCAUCACCCUCAUCAUGCUCAGCAACCACACCCCCACACGCAUCACACCCAAACCACCCAUAGCCUCGCUCAUCAGCACAACUUCUCCGGUGGCGCCCUUGCCACAACCACCCCUCACUUCACCUCCACCCAUCUCCAGAAUGGAGCCUCUACCGCAGUCGACGAUGAUAUGGACGAAUCAAUGAACGAGCAUUGGCAGCAGCAGCUUCAGCUUGCGGCGGAGUCAAGGCAAGCCAAUUCUCCACACUACUAUGCCCGGAUCAUGGCACAGCAGUCCAAGGGAAUCCAGAUCCUGCCUAGCAAGACUGAAGCGUCAGAGCAAGGCGCUGAAGGUCGAAAUGGUACAGUCACUGGCAAAUCCGCUUCCCGUCAAGGCUGGAAUGCACUUGAUUUUGGCGGCCAAGGGCUCCGUGCCAUGGCCUUUUCAUUGUUUAACUACGUCUUCCUAGAGAAGCUCUACCUCAAUCACAACAAACUGAAAGCGCUCCCCCCAGCAAUUGGCCAGCUCCGGAAGUUGACUCAUCUUGAUCUUUCCGGAAACGACCUCACGGAGCUCCCUGAAGAAAUCGGUAUGCUGUCCAAUCUUAAGAAGCUUUACCUUUUCGACAACAACAUUCGCAACCUCCCUUAUGAGAUGGGAUACUUGUAUCGGCUGGAUACACUAGGCAUUGAGGGCAACCCCCUCAAUGAUGUCCUCAAGUCCCAGAUCAUGAAGGAUGGAACCAAGGCCUUGAUCAAAUAUCUCAAGGAAGAGAUGCCAGUCCACCUGCCUCCCCCUGAUCGAGACUGGGUAAUCCUCGACGAGACUGCGAGCUCAGGCAAUAGUCCUACUGAGAAGAUCACCGUUCUUUCUUACAAUACUCUUUGCGACUCCUCUGCCACCCAGUCGCACUACGGUUAUGCUCCCUCUCGCAUUCUUUCUUGGGAGUUCCGCCGCGAACUUAUCCUUAAUGAAUUACGAUCUCAUAGCUCGGACAUUGUCUGUCUCCAGGAGGUUGACCAGGGAAGCUACAACAACUUCUUCCGGGAACAGCUGGCCUACAACAAUUACAAGGGCGUUUACUGGCCCCGUGGGCGUGCAAUGGGCAUGCAGGAGGAAGAUGCGAAGUCCGUCGACGGCUGCGCUAUUUUCUACAAAGGAAGCAAGUAUAUUCUGCUCGACAAACAGCUGAUCAAUUUCGGUCAGACUGCUGUUCGUCGACCGGACGCCAAGGGCCAGGAUGAUAUUUACAAUCGCUUGUGGCAGAAGGAUCACAUUGCAGUCGUAGUCUUCCUAGAGAACCGUCAGACCGGUGCACGCUUCAUGGUCGUGAACGCUCAUCUCUACUGGGAUCCGGCCUUCAAAGACGUCAAGCUUAUCCAGACAGCUAUUCUGAUGGAAGAGAUAACAAAGCUCUCUGAUGGCUAUGCCAAGUGGCCCGCCUGCACUGACAAGACCGCGUUCCGCUUUUCUGAGGCAGAAAGUGGCUCUGAAAAUGCACCGGUCACGGAACCUGCGCCGUCCAUGGAAUACGCGAGCGGUGACCAGAUUCCUCUCCUUAUGUGUGGUGACUUCAACUCCUCGCCCGGUUCGGCGGCAUACAACCUCAUCGCCAACGGCCGGUUGGCUGAGGAGCACCCAGACCUGGAGAAGCGUCUGUAUGGCAACCUCAGCCGCGUCGGUAUGACGCAUCCCUUCAAGUUGAAGUCGGCCUACGGCGCCAUUGGAGAACUUUCGUUCACCAAUUACACGCCUGAUUUCAAAGAUAUUUUGGAUUACGUGUGGUUCUCGUCUAAUACGCUGCAUGUGUCCGCACUCCUCGGAGAGGUGGACAAGGAGUAUCUUCGGCGGGUACCUGGGUUCCCCAAUUUUCAUUUUCCUAGUGAUCAUGUCGCAUUGUUCGCGGAGUUUACCGUUAAGGGGAAAAAGGGUAAGGUUGUGGAGGCAGAUUUUGGGCCUCAACGGCACUGA